AUGGAAAGUACAAACAAUUCAACAUUGGCAAAUGAAAAUUCUACAUUGCCUUGGCUAUCGCCAGAGAAUGACGGCGGGUUGUUCUCAGUUACCGAAGAAGCCUACGAGAGAUUCGCUUUUAUUUCAAACAUCAUAGUUUCACCAAUUAUUUGUACAUUUGGAAUAAUCGGAAACAGCCUUGGUCUUGGCGUUCUUUGGAAGGAUACACAGCAGCUGAAGAUGUCAAUAUACCUCUAUCUGUACAGCCUGACUUUACUCGAUUUGAUGUACCUUAUUGUCGGACUAAUUCGACAUAUUCCGCAUAUCAUUGACUUCUACGACGAAGAGUUGGCGAACUAUGUCGAAGAACAUAUGAAACUAGGAACGAUUUACAUCGAUAUGGUUUUGGCGCAUUCUUCGCACGCGCUGAUCAUCGUCAUGUCGAUUGAUCGCUUGAAUGCACUCGUUCGUCCAUUCACCGUGAAGAACUCCUGGGUGUCGAAGUAUCCAAAAAGCAUAAUUGUAGUCUGCUUUUUGUUCAAUGUAAUCUUUCUCAUUCCUUAUCCACUGUAUUUUGAAGUUGCAUCUUAUCAGGCAGACAACAUAACAGAAUACUAUAUUCAGUUUCAGAAGGACGCUGUUGAAACUAUGGAUAUGUACAUGCUGAUACAAACCGUCAUAGAUUACGUCAUUCCGGCGGCAACAGUUCUUGUCAUUAACAUAACAAUCCCGAUCGUGUAUUCUCGUGCAAUUAACGAAAGGCGCACAGUAAUAAGUAUGACGUCACAGGGACAUAAUAGUCAGCAGACGAAAAUAACCACGACGGUGUUUUGCAUAACGUUAAUGUACUUUUUACUUUCCUUGCCAAAUCUUUUUAUCAAAAUCAUGGCAUUUAUUGAUAAAGGCUAUAGUUUUGAUGGAAAAUACAAAUUAUCUUUCUGGCUGUUCAUCGAUAUCAGUAAUUUAUUUUCAUAUAUAAAUGCUGCUAACGAUUUCAUCAUAUAUGUUUUGGUGUCCAACCAUUACAGACGGGUAUUUAUAGAUAUGUAUUGCCGCCGAUGUUGGUGUAGCAGACGGCGGCGACAUCAUCUUGAUCUAGACAGCGCCGCUGACAGUAAAGAUUUCUCGAUGACACUAUCAACUAAUGCUGUAAGAUAUUAGAAGAUAGCCGGAGAGCAAAAGUGUUUUUGCCUCUUACAGAAUUAUUCAUAAGGUUUUAACUUUAAAUGUUUGCGUUUUUAAGAGUGCUUCAUUUAUAUCUUUCGCUGCUUUGUUCUCAGAAUCUUAAAACAUUCAUGUUAAUGCCUUGUUCAAGUACCUGCACACGUACAUGUAUUCGUUUUAUGAAUGAAGACGAAUGAACAUUUUGUGCCGCAAAUAAAGGUAACGCUUCCCUUUGAAGGAUGAAGACCAUUAUUCGUUGUAAGAUUUCAGUUUGAAGAAGUAGCAAAACAUUUUGAACUGGACAAUUAAUGAUUUAAAAACGAUACAUACUGUAUGCCUUAUUGCCUGGCAUUGUUUGUAUAUGAUCAUAAAAACAUUGACUGUAGAUGUUGUUAAAUAUUUUAAAACUUGUGUCUUUUAGAUGGUAAUAUAACAUGUUGUCAAAAUGUAGGAAAGUUAUGAAAGGAUGUGGAUGUUUUGAGCCCGAAAUACCCGUUUUCUCUCUUUAUACAAGAUGAUUUAAAAGGAAAUAUUAAUCUAUUAAAAUACUGAGUCAUAUAUUGGAUCUCGAUUAAGUUAAACUGCAAUUUAAAGUUCGCGUUUUACAUUGCAAAUUAACUGGUAUACAGUCUAUGAUUCAAAAUUCAAACUGCAAUCUGGUCAGCGUUCCUUUAUUCGAAUUGCGAACUGCGGUGUAGAAUGCAGUUCACAAUUUUGCAGGUCCUAAUUUGGAAAUCAUAUUGCAAAGUGCAAAAUGGUCUGCAGUUCAUGAAUCAAAUUUCAAAAUGCAAUAUAGUCAUCAGUUUCCUAUUCAAACUGAGCAUAGCAGGCCAUUUUUCCGUUUUCAGAUUGCAAAUUGAUGGCUCGUGAUGAAGGUUACUUAAUACGCAUGAAAGAUUAAACAUACACCUUGAGCUGACAAUAACCCCCCAUCCCCCAUCUAGGGAUAUUUCUACGCUAUGAUUUUCUUAAAGCAUAUAAUAUGAGCUAUCAUUCCAGAAAUUCUGCCAUCUGGCAGCCGGGUUCUUUUUACGUUACAGCCUACUUUAUACGUUACCAUUAAUAAUUUCUAGAAAAUACUGACUGGCACUACAGUUAUCCAUAAAUGGUUUACUAGCUACACAGUAUAUCAAUAUAUAAAGACAGAAUAUACAGAUUUAUAUCUUGAAGGUAAAAUUGACACUUAUAGGCAUGUAAUUUACAUUAUCAAAUGUACGUUACCAAAAAUUGUGACGAAAAUAGAAAAGAAGAUAAAAUGAUAUAAUGUUGACAAUAUGAGUUUCAAAUUUAUAAUGAUUAUUUUUUUU